AAAGAGCGGCCUCGAGCGCUGCUAGCCAAUCCCGUCAGACGCUCCACGCGUCACCCCCGCUGCCCGCUGAUUGGCCGGCGUCGGGCUCCGCGGCCUCUCCAAUAUGGCGGCGCCCAGCGGAGUCCGGACCUGCGAGGACUUUGCCGAGUUCCAGGAUUUGCUCAGGGUGAUGCGGACAAUUGAUGACAGAAUAGUCCAUGAAUUAAACACUACACUUCCAACAGCUUCCUUUGCAGGGAAAGUCGAUGCUAACCAAACCUGUAAAGAGCUCUACCAGUCUCUGAUGGAGGCUCAUGCCAGCAGAGAGAAAAUAAUCAAAAGCUGUAUUGCUCAGACUUCCAAUGUAGUAAAAACUCUUCGAGAAAAGAGGGAGAAGGCCCAGGAUGACAUAGCAUUAUUAAAGCAGCUCAGGCAAGAGCAGACAAAGUUGAAGUUGAUGCAGUCUGAGUUGAAUGUGGAAGAAGUAGUAAACGACAGAAGCUGGAAGUCAUUAGUUUACAGAUAAAGAACCCUUCAACGAAACUGCGAAGGAAAGAUAAAAACAGGCUGAAAGGUGUGCGUGAGAGAGAUGGGCUUUGAAGUAUUUCACCUGCAGGUCACCUAUUCUAGUCUGAUUCAGGUUUGUAGUGACUAAAAGUUGUUUCCCUAUGUUUAGUGGUUUCUGUGAGGUGAGUUAGUGUACCUCAGUGUAGCUCUUGGGGGAUAAGUAUCUGUUUCACAAACACCAUCACAUCUGGCAUUAUUUGGCGUUCUUGUGAGCCGUCUCAGUUGGAGAUACCUAGGACUGAGUGGGCCAGGAAGACUGAACUCCCUUCUACCUCUGGAAGGAGCUUGUGCGUGUCAGGAUGGAGGCACCCUUGUGCGGUGAGGCACUGUGUAGGAGGGAAGUUCUGCUGCCCGUACUAUACCAGUUUUGUGGAAAAUAGUCCUUCAAUUUCUGGGGUGGGUAAUCUAGCACCAAGAUCAUUUUAAAGCCAAGUACUAGAACUUCUGGGCAUCUCACUUCUAUGAAGUGAGCUGUAGCUCGCGAAAGCUUAUGCUCAAAUAAAUUGGUUAGUCUCUAAGGUGCCACAAGUACUCCUUUUCUUUUUGCGAAUACAGACUAACACGGCUGUUACUCUGAAAUAUGACUCCUAAGAUCCUCUUCUAGUUUCAAAUAGGGUAGAAAGCUUUCUUUGUCCAGUAAUCCAUAUCUCAUUCCAGUAUUCCCUACAGAAAGGGGAUUGAUUCUCGAGACACUAAUACUGAUAUCAGGCCAGGCUGUAUUAUGCUGUCUGUUCUGGUACUGUGGAGUCAAGUCCCACGCAUCCUGUCUAAGUAAGCUCUGACCAGUAAGAGUUGUAUCUCAUUUUUAAAUUCUGAAACUCCCAAGAGGUAAAAAAGAGGGAUGCACAGCACAAGAUACCAAAAAAAAAAAAUAUAUGGAUUUUUCUCUUGUUUGGUGCAGAUGAGAGUAGGGAAUAAGAAACUGGGACUCUGGGAUUUUAUCCCCACUUCUGCCAGUGUCUUGCUGUAUGACUGAGGGCAUGGCUACACUUGCAGAUGUAGAGCACUUUGAGUUAAGCCAGCCUUCAGAGAGCGCAGUAGGGAAAGCGCUGCAGUCUGUCCACACUGACAGCUUCAAGCACACUGGCAUGGC